AAUGCCUCACUGCCGUCUAUUUCUCAUGCCUCGGGCAUAGCAGCUCGCCGUCUCCUCAUCUGGCUGUUACGGCCUCCGAGCGCUGAUCAGGAAUGCGGUGGCCAGCGGCUGACGACCGCCUGCGUACACAGUUGUUGUUUAGGCCUCCCGGAUGAACGCUUCCCUGACAUGGCCGAUAUUUUGCAUCAGCUGAAGAAUAUCAUGCCCCGAGAGGUUAAUUUACUCAUUCUCUCAACCACUCACAAGCCUGCUCUGGCGGCCCCCAUGCAAAUUGCUGUAAUCUUUGCAAACUGGCUGAACUGUGCUGUCGCCAGUCUGCCAGUAAGUCGAGCCGAUGGACUUGUUCAGGCCACCGAUGAACAGAUUUCUGACUUCAAACAGGCCAUCAUGAAUGCCUCUCGCACAUCGGGCAUCAUCCAUGCCUUGGAUUGCUUCGUCCUCCUCUUCCGCUAG